AUGUCUCUUACUAUUUAUCAACAUACUGAAAGAUUAGUUCACGAAAAAACCAUUCAUUUAAUAAAAUAUGAAUUCGAACAAGCACCAGGAGAGCCUAAGGAUGAACAUAAGUUAUAUGUCCAAAAAAUAUGGAAUAAAGGGAAUAAGGAGAAAAAGCUAGUAAAUUUAAGCAUAUUGAAGGAUUUUGAUAUAGAAGGCGAUAGUGUCACGAGAUUGAUGGUCGAGCAUGCCAAGAAUAUAGUUAUGCACAAUGAUACUCCAAAAAUAACCAAUAUUGGAAUGCUUCAAGCCCGUGAACCUCAUGAUUUUAAAUAUAGCCCUCCUGAGAUUUUGUUAUUACAGACGAUUAAUGAUAAGAAAAAGUUAAACAUUUAUAGCCUCGGCGUUUUGAUGUGGGAGAUUUCCAAUGACGGUAUUGAGCCUUUCUCCCAACGUGGUGGUAUUAAUUUAGCACAAUUAGCGAUUCAAAUUAUUAAGGACGUCCGACCUGAUUGCGCACAAAUUACCGAAACAUUAAAAAAUAUAUCACUCUUAAAUCCAAUUAAAAUUGAAAAUACUGCCGGCUCCCGGAUAUAUGAGCCCAAACCUAGCAAGAACCUCGAUUUUGAUUUAGCUUGCGAAUUGGAUUAUAAGGCCUUGUCUAGACAAAGAAAGUUGAGGAUUGAAUUUAUAAACCAUUUUGCCUUAAACCGAGGUAGAAAUCUUGAAGAACUUGAUUUUAGUUGCGGAGGAAUUAUAUUACGUGAUGAUGGUAACCCAAAAGUUAAUAAAAUUGCAUCAAGUUCUCCAGUAAUCUAUCUUCCGCUAAACCAUGAGUCACCUUGGACGGAUCUAACGAAUCUAUUUGAGGUUAAAAAUGAAAAUAAAAUGGGUCCAAAGUACGACGUUGUAAGGAUCCAUAUCCCAAUUUCAACCGUGCAAUAUGAAGCUAAACCCACAAAUGAAUUUAUUCAAAAGAUUAGAAGUGCGCUUAAUUUGUCGGAUGAAAAUGAUAAACGAAAAGCACUAGAAAAGUGGUUUAAACAUUAUGGUAAUUAUGUUGUGAAAAGAGCCACACUUGGAGGUGCUAUUACUGUUAGAAAUUGGUCAAAAGUUUCAAAUGAAAGUAAAUCAUAUUUAAAGAGUUACCUACAAUGGGGGAUUGACUAUGGAAAGGGUGCUUCUGAAAUUUUUGAAGAUGUUCCACUUGAUAGAUUGCCUCAACUUGAGGCGUCUGUUGAAAUUGAAACUAUCGCCGAUUUAUAUAACUGGUUUAAAAGUUUAUACGAUUUAAAAUUCGCUGAAAUUAUAUCGUAUGAAGAAUUCAUCCCUUCUUGCGAAUUAUUGCCUCAAGACUUACAACAGCAAUUAUUUAAACUUAUUGGUUCUAUACCCACUGAAAUAUCUCGCAAACAAUUAAUUCCGGAUAUCCCUUCUCAAUAUGAUAAACAAGAUAUUUUAAAGUGGAUAGUAUUAAAUCCACCACUAAUCUUACAUCUUGGCGAUUGGGUUCGUAAUAAUGAGCUGCAAUGUGGUGUAAUUUUACAGCGUUCAAAUAUAAAACAUGGUAAAAAGGCAGCUUAUAAAUUUUUAAAAGAACCAAAAAUAACCGAAAUAAAUAGAGUCACAGUAUUAUUUCACCAACCUCAAACCCUUCAAGAUGCCUAUUUAUUAGAGAAUGGUAUAAUCUUAAAAAAGGAUGAUUUUUUGGGAUUAGAACUUGAUAAAAUCCCUUUUUCUGAGAAUAGUUCAAUACUUAAUUAUCCUUUGGAGGACUUUAAACAUGCUAAAAAUCAACCUUCAAAGUCAAUUUAUUGCCAAAUAAUUGUGCGUAUGGCAAAAAUUUCAUUUAAUCUUGCAGAUAUCAAGUCUCUGCAAGAAUUUUCAAAUACAGUCAAUAAUGUACUUCAAAGUAAUGAACCAUAUAAGAGUCUUUGCAAAGUGUUCGGAGACGACUAUGGACAUUUAUUAUCAAGAACUUUCACCUUAGGUGGAAUUUUAUCUAAAAAGUAUGAAUCUUAUUCAGAUACGAUUUUACCACAAAAAUUUGAAUAUCAUAUAAAUGACCCUCAGACACCUGAAAAAAUUGUAAAAAAAUUAGUGGAAUGGAAUAAAGAACACCAACAUAUAGAUACUUCGUAUUUUAUUAGUGAUAGUGGCGAUUUAGUUCGUUGCAACAAUAUUGACAAGUGGUUUAAAGAUCUCAUAAACAGACGGAGUGAUUGGAAAGUCGUUGAUUCUGAAGAUUGGGUGCCACUGUAUAAAAUAUUGAAAAAAGCGCGUUUUGAUAUAGAUGAUAUUUUUACGAAGUAUCAAAUUGUAUUUAAUGGUGAAGAAUCAUUGCAGAAGGAUGAACAGAUUACGAUAAUUAUUAAAUUUCCCGGUUCACUUGUCAACGAUAAGUAUCAUUGCUUUGGAACCAUAGUUAAAAGAAACGAAGAUGGUAGUUGGGUAAAAAUUCCUGAAGUAACCGUUCGAUUUGGUUACCCUAAUAAAGAUGUUGCAUAUGGAAGCAUUAACAUCGUUAGAGCUCAAUCUGAGAUAUCUUUAAAAAGUAAAAAUCUCUCUUCAAAUUGUGUUCUAAUUACAUCAAUUGUUUCUAAAAAUGCUUUCACAAAUGGUACAAGCUUUUAUAACAUAAAACUUAAAGCAUGGACGAAAACUAAAAUUUCGUUAGAAUUGACGAAAGACCAAACUAAAGUAAAUCAACGUGUUGAUGAUGAUGGCUUUGACGAUGACAGCUCAGAUGAUGACAUGGAUAACUUUGAUUCAGACGAAAUAGAACAAUCUAUUCGAGAAACUGCUGUCCUUGAAUGGUGUGUUCUUUAUACAGAUGGGAAGAUGGUUAGUGAGGCUGAUGAAUCAUUAAAAUAUCCAUGGUCAUUAUUUGGCGGUAAUCUCGAUCCAGAGCUGGAAAUUUUGGGUCAAGAUGAAAUAGACCUUUAUGAAUCAUCACCUCGAAUGUCUUUAGAGGAUGCAAUUGAACAACACGAUAAACCAAAUGGAAAUACACUUGAGGCUGGAAACGAAAAGGAAGGGGGAAAAUGGAUAAUAGAUGCAGCUAGACUUGGUCAACCAAGGGCAAUUGAAUUUUGUAUUAACGAAGAAAUUAAUUACCAAUGA